UAUGGUGUUUUCAAAACACAUUCACUAUUCUCAGAUAAGUAACAGGGCGACACAAUCUACCCACACACAGGGAGCAACACACCCGAUGACGAUUUUUGGAAGCCAAAAUGGCAUCGCUGGGGUGUUUGUACUCCGUAUAUCAUAGAACCAACCUGAGGGGUUCUCUGCCUGGCAAAUUUACCCGCGGGUAAAUGAUGGGUCAUGGCGCCAAGUGCGGCGUUUUUCUUCUAAAAAUGUGUUUGUUAAUAAUAGCAAGAACAUCGACUUCACUCAAAGCACGCCAGGAGAAGAAACAAAAGACAACACACAUUCACAAACGACAACAGGUAAGCCUGAUGGCUAGCGUGGCCGGCGCCAAAUAAAGAAACACACAACACACACCACACGUAGAUUCGUCAGCGCGCUUCAUGCUAGUUAAGAAACACACUCAAACAAUAAUAACGCGUGCUGCCUCAAAGUGCACACCUUUGUAGACACGAAUGAAGAGGGCGAGAGGCGCAGCAGCGGCUCGUUACCGCACCCCUUACUUGCAAAAAUACUUCAAACACGCUCCCACCCACCUGUCUCUAUCCCGCUCGACCAACACGACGUAGUAAGCCAACCGGGGCACGGAUCAUACAAACAAGUCCAAAUGGGUGGCGGCGUCGCCUCUCUUCCUUAGCCUAAACACAACCACGGCACCUGAGGUCUGAAGCCUCGCAUUCA